AUGGGACCUCAAGCCGCGCGUCUCCUGGCAGCGCUCCUCGUCCUGGGGCUGGGUGCCCUGGCCAUGGCCCAGAAACCCUCCCCCUGCCGGUGCUCGCGCAUCGAACCCAAUGAGAGGGACAACUGUGGCUUCCCGGGCAUCACAAGUGACCAGUGCUUUGCCUCUGGCUGCUGCUUCAACUCCAGCAUCCGCGGGGUUCCCUGGUGUUUCACGCCCCUCCCGAAGCAAGAGUUGGAAGAGUGUGUCAUGGAAGUCUCAGACCGCAAGAACUGUGGCUACCCGGGCAUCAGUCCUGAAGAGUGCGCAUCUCGGAAGUGCUGCUUUUCCGAUGACAUCACUCAAGUGCCCUGGUGUUUCUUCCCUAUCUCUGUGGAAGGUAACGUCCUGUAG